CUCUCUCUCUUCAUCUUCCCUUCCAUUACUCUCUCUCACUAAAAGUCUAAAACCAAACACCUCUCUCUUUCUUUUUCGAUUUCGAUUUCAAUUUCAAUUUCGAGAUCUCAAUCGAUAUGAAGAAGCUCAUCAGAAGAUUAUCCAAAGUCGGCGACUCGUCCCAGUACUGGCUGCUCAGAUCGCAAUCGAAAUCCGAAUCGCUGCGGAAGAGCUCCUCCUCCGGCGGCGUUCCGGAGGGGCACCUGCCGGUGUACGUCGGCGACGAGAUGGAGCGAUUCGUGGUGAGCGCGGAGCUGUUGAAUCACCCGAUCUUCGUGGUGCUGCUGAAUAAAUCGGCGCAGGAAUACGGUUACGAGCAGAAAGGCGUGUUGCGCAUCCCCUGCCACGUGUUCAUCUUCGAGCGCGUGCUCGAGGCGCUCCGCAUAGGCGUCGCUGACGCGCAGGAUCUUCUCAAUUCGCUCACCGAUCAGUUGUAGCGCCGCGAAUUUUUUUCGUGUUAGAGCUGUGCUAUAAUUUUUCCUUUUUCCUUUCUGGCUUCUGGAUUGUAUAUACUUUGCUGUGAGCAAAGUGGAAGCGGAGAGGCUAGGCUUUUGUUGAAGGUGUUUUUAGCCUGAUGAUGUAGAAAGUUAUUGACGGAAAAAUAGGAUUAAUUAAACGUAUUUUUCUUCAGAUACAAAAA